UUUUUUUUGAAGCAAAUACAAUACUUCUUCUCCACAUUUAUCGAAUCUUUUUUUUUGCAUUAUGACACCUACAGGACCUCAUCUUUGGCUUCGUGCCGAAACAAAGCCUAUGGAACAUCGUGCUGCCUUAACACCUAUCACUGCUAAAAAAUUAAUUGAUGCAGGCUUUAAGAUUACUGUUGAAAGAUCAUCUCAGCGUGUCUUUGAUGAUGAAGAAUAUGCAAGGGUUGGUUGUACUCUUGUUCCAUUUUUGAGUUGGAAAACAGAUGCACCGGCUGAGGCGUAUAUUGUAGGACUCAAAGAACUUCCAGAGAAUGAUGAAUCCCCUCUUCAUCAUACGCAUAUCUUCUUUGCGCAUUGCUUUAAGAAUCAGGCAGGAUGGAAAGAAUUACUGUAUCGUUUUGAUGCUGGAAAGGGCACGAUUUUAGAUUUAGAAUUUUUAAAUGAUAAACAAGGCCGUCGUGUGGCAGCAUUUGGUUUUAUGGCAGGAUUUGCUGGAGCCGCCGUCAGUUUAGAUACAUGGUGUCAACAAAGACUUCAGCCUGGAUCUGAGCUUGGUAAAAUAAAUCCUUAUCCUAACGAACGGGCGUUGAUUGAGUAUACAAAACAGAGAUUAGGCAAGGUUUUAUCGAUGAAUGGUAACCGAUACCCUACUCUCAUGGUCAUGGGUGCCUUGGGUCGUUGUGGCUCUGGUGCAGUCGAUUUUGCUCGUAAAGCAGGUAUACCUGAAUCUCAUAUCCUCAAAUGGGAUAUUCAAGAAACGAAACGUGGGGGUCCCUUCCCGGAGAUCUUGGCAAGUGAUAUCUUUGUGAAUUGUAUCUAUUUGAAUAAAAGGAUACCACCUUUCAUCACACAGGCUAUGAUUGAUAGCCCUACUCGAAAGUUAACUGUCAUUUGCGAUGUGAGCUGCGAUACGACUAAUCCUAAUAAUCCUAUCCCUGUCUACAGUAUCAAUACCACCUUUGAUAAACCGACUGUCCCCGUCAAGACAGCGAAUCCUACACCCUUAGAUGUCAUCUCAAUUGAUCAUCUACCUACGCUAUUACCAAGAGAGAGCUCUGAUAUGUUUUCGCAUGAUCUUUUACCAACUAUGUUGGAACUAAGGAAUCGAACUCAAUCUGCUGUUUGGCAAGGUGCAGAGGAUUUGUUUAAAGAAAAAUUAGCAUUGGCUAAACGAAAUAGAAGCCAUUUUGUUGCCAAGUUGUAAAUAUGUCUUUAUAUAUCUAUAUAAAUAUAAAUAUAUAUAUGUAUGUAUAUGUAUAUGUAUAU